ACCGAAAAAGUGAAAAUCGAGUUGGACAGUGAAGCACAAGCAUGCUAUGCGCUGGCAAUUUCGCACGACAACAAGCUGUGCUUCUCGUGCUCGGCUGAUGGAAAAAUUCUUAUCUGGGAUCUCGACAGCAAAAAAAUGUUCAAGUGGCAGCAGCAAAAAUCCGUCUGUGAUGCAUUACGAUUAUGGAGUGGUGGUUUGGAUAAUACGGUCCGCUCCUGGGAUUUACGUGAACGUGUCCAGUUGCAGCAGCAUGAUUUCCAGUCACAGAUCUUCUCGCUUGGUUGCUGUCCAUGUGAUGAUUGGGUUGCCGUAGGUAUGGAGAAUAGCAACGUGGAAGUACUGCACGUUAAUAAAGCAGAC